AUGUCCCCUCCUUCCUCUCCACCGCCGCCGCUUCCUCUUCCAGCUCCAUCGCCUCCUCCCUCCUUCCCCACCAACAAGAAGUCUCAGCCCAUCCCUUGGACCCAACAAGAAACCCUCCACCUAAUCCUAUCCUACCAGGACAAAUGGUACUCCUCCAAGCGUCGGCACCUCAAGUCUCACCAGUGGGAAGAGGUCGCCAUCACCGUCGCCACCCGCUGCGGCUUCGAUUUCACCUCCCCGGAGGCCAAAUCGGGGACCCAGUGCCGCCACAAGAUGGAGAAGCUCCGCAGCAGGUACCGGGUCGAGCUCCACACCGCUUCCUCCGCCGCCCUGGGUUCCAAUUGGCCCUAUUUCACCCUCAUGGAUUCCAUGGAGUGUGGUGGCCCUCCCGCCCCCAUUUCUGCUCGCCCUCUGUCUCAGGUUGCCCGCCGGGAUCACGACGGACUGUCCGCCGCUGCGGCCACCGGAGGAUAUGGGAGCGGCGGCGAGUACUACGGCGGCCAAGAUGAGGAAGGAGAAGGAGAGGAUUAUGAAGCGUACUACAACAGGUCCCGCAGCAUAAAUCACAUAAUCCGGAAGCCUAGCAUUGUGAACAGGUUUCCAGGGAGCAGCAAUUUAGGGUUUCUUCAAGACGCGGCAGCUGCGAUGGGAGCAAAGAGGAAGAGAGGGGAGGAGGAGGAAGAAGGGAGUGAAAAGGGGUUUGGGUUAGUGGAUGAGAUAAAGACGUUCAUUGAGAAGAUGAAAGGGGUGGAGAGGAAGAAGAUGGAGAUGUUCAAGGAAACAGAAAGAUGGAGAAUGGAGAUGGAAAGGAAAAGGGUAGAGAUGAUGUUAGCUUCUCAGAGGAAGAUUCUUGACUUGAUUGCAGCAGCAGCUGCUGCUUCUUCUGAGCGCUAG